AUGGCCCACAGUAGAAGCAUUGAGUUGGAACAUUUCGAUGAACGGGAUAAAGCGCACCGCACGUCUCGCACCUCCGGUACAGGCUCGCAGUCCGGGUCACGGGCGAAUAGCCUGGUCCCAAGCCCCGCACAUAGCGCUAACUGCAGCUUCUACCGAACUCGCACUCUCCAAGCUCUUAGCUCAGAGAAACGGGCUAAGAAGGUUCGAUUCUAUCGAAAUGGAGACCGGUACUUCAAGGGGCUGGUGUAUGCGGUGUCAAGUGACCGUUUCAGGUCCUUGGAUGCUUUGCUUGUGGAACUGACUCGCUCGCUCGCGGAUAACUUGCACCUGCCGCAAGGUGUGCGCAACAUCUACACAGUGGACGGCACUAAGAAGGUCACGAAUCUAGACGAGCUAUUGGAGGGUGAGAGCUACGUGUGUGCAUCCAACGAACCGUACCGCAAGGUAGACUACACCAAGAACGUCAACCCUAACUGGGGUUCGCGACAGGCUUCGGCCGGACGGUUGGCUUCGGGCCAGGGUACCCAGCGGCCCUCUGGAAGUUGGGAAGCGCGUGAGAGCAGGGACUACAUCAAGCCCAAACUGGUCACGGUCAUCCGUAGCGGGGUCAAACCGCGCAAGGCGGUCAGGAUCCUGCUCAAUAAGAAGACGGCCCACUCCUUUGACCAGGUGCUCGCCGACAUCACUGAGGCCAUCAAACUAGACUCUGGGGCCGUCAAGAGACUUUACACGAUAGAUGGCAAACAGAUUACCAGUCUGCAGGAUUUCUUCGGCGAUGAUGAUGUGUUUAUCGCGUGUGGGCUGGAGAAGUUCCGCUACGCUCAGGACGAUGCUGCUCUCGGACACACCGGCAAAGCAGCUGCCUCCUUCGUCAGUGAGUGUAAGAAGAAAUCUGCUCGCUCAUCUGCUCCUGUCAAAUCUAUUCCACCCAGAAGCUCCUCCCUCCUCAGGACCAAGUCUCCUGUUUCAGCCAGCGAUGAGGCACUUGAUAUCCAACCCACCAUUAGGUCGACAAAGUCCCCAUCCAGCCCAGGAAGCCAACGCAGCCUUAAGAUCUCAGCUCGUCAUCCUUCCCCAUCACCUCCCCCCUCUGGCGACAUGAACGGAGCAGACGAUCUGAGCCUGGAGGUUAACGGGAACAAGUUCCAGUCUGCCUCCAUCAUUACAGACAAGUACAGGGUGGGGAAGGUCAUUGGAGACGGAAACUUUGCUGUUGUUAAGGAGUGUGUGGAGAGGUCUACAGGACAGGAAUAUGCUCUGAAAAUCAUCGAUAAGGCAAAAUGCAGUGGAAAGGAACACCUGAUAGCCAAUGAGGUGGCGAUACUGCGCAGGGUCCGGCAUCCCAGCAUCAUUAUGCUGAUAGAGGAAGUGGACACACCCACAGAGCUUUACUUGGUCAUGGAGCUUGUUAAGGGUGGAGAUCUGUUUGAUGCUAUCACCUCUUCUACUAAGUACACAGAGAGAGAUGCCAGCGCUAUGGUGUUUAACCUGACAGGAGCUCUCAAAUACCUGCACAGAAUGAGUAUUGUCCACAGAGACAUCAAACCCGAGAACCUACUGGUGUGUGAAUACCCUGAUGGUACCAAGUCUCUUAAACUAGGAGACUUUGGGCUGGCCACAGUGGUAGAGGGGCCACUCUAUACCGUCUGUGGGACACCCACGUACGUCGCUCCUGAGAUCAUUGCUGAGACUGGGUAUGGGCUGAAAGUGGAUAUUUGGGCGGCAGGAGUAAUCACAUACAUACUCCUGUGUGGUUUUCCUCCAUUCCGGAGCGAGAGAAACCAGCAGGAGGAACUGUUUGAGCAGAUCUUACUGGGAAGACUGGAAUUUCCCUCCCCUUACUGGGACAACAUCAGCGCUUCUGCUAAGGAUUUGAUUAGUAAGAUGCUGCAGGUGAAUGUUGGAGCUCGUUACACGGCAGAAGAAGUCCUCUCUCACCCUUGGGUGCUGGAUGAUGCAGCAAUGGAGAAUAAUUUGAUUUGUGAGACGAGAGACGCGCUGGAAAAAGAACAUUCACAAAGCAGCACUGCAGCAGAGGCACAGAACUGA